AUGGCGGGGCCGUGCUCGCGGUCUGGGGCCCUGCAGCGUGCCGGCAGCUGCUGGCAGGACCCACUGGCCGAGGCGCUGUGCCGGAGCCGGCCACCCGCGGCGCCCCCGGGCCGGGGCUGCGCACGGAGCCGGCCGCUCAGCGUGGUCUAUGUGCUGACCCGGGAGCCGCGGCUCGCAGCGGAGACCGGAGCUGAAGGAGAGGCCGAGCCGCUGCCCCUGCGCUGCCUGCGCGACGCCUGCUCACAGCUCCAGGGGCCACGGCCAUCGCCGCAGCUGCGCAGCCUUCCUUUCGAGACGCUGGCGCUGGGCGACACAGCCGCCCUCGACUCCUUCUACAACGCGGACGUGGUGGUGCUGGAGGUGAGCAGCUCCCUGGUGCAGCCCUCCCUCUUCUAUCACCUCGGUGUGCGGGAGAGCUUCAGCAUGACCAACAAUGUGCUCCUCUGCUCUCAGGCCGACCUCCCUGACCUACAGGCGCUGCGGGAGGAUGUUUUCCAGAAGAACUCGGAUUGUGUUGGCAGCUACACACUGAUCCCUUAUGUGGUGACGGCCACCGGUCGGGUGCUGUGUGGUGAUGCAGGUGUCCUGAAGGGCCUGGCUGAUGGGCUGGUGCAGGCAGGGGUGGGCACUGAGGCCCUGCUUACACCGCUGGUAGGCCGUCUGGCCCGCCUGUUGGAGGCCACACCCACAGACUCUUGUGGCUAUUUCCGGGAAACCAUUCGGCAGGACAUCCGGCAGGCGCGGGAGCGGUUCAGUGGGCAGCAGCUCCGGCAGGAGCUGGAUCGCCUGCAGCGGAGACUGGACAGCGUGGAGCUGCUGAGCCCCGACAUCGUCAUGAACCUGCUGCUUUCCUACCGCGAUGUGCAGGACUACUCAGCUAUCAUUGAGCUGGUGGAGACACUGCAGGCCUUGCCCACCUGUGAUGUGGCGGAGCAGCAUAAUGUCUGCUUCCACUACACGUUUGCCCUCAACCGGAGGAACAGGCCUGGGGACCGUGAAAAGGCACUGGCUGUGCUGCUGCCACUGGUACAGUCUGAGGGCUCUGUGGCACCUGACCUGUACUGCCUGUGUGGCCGUGUCUAUAAAGACAUGUUCUUCAGCUCUGGCUUCCAGAAUGCUGGGCACCGGGAGCAGGCCUAUCACUGGUAUCGAAAAGCCUUUGAUGUGGAGCCGAGCCUCCACUCGGGCAUCAAUGCAGCUGUGCUCCUCAUUGCUGCUGGGCAGCGCUUUGAGGACUCUGAGGAGCUCCGGCUUAUAGGCAUGAAGCUGGGCUGCCUGCUGGCCCACAAAGGCUGUGUGGAGAAGAUGCAAUAUUACUGGGAUGUAGGCUUCUACCUGGGAGCCCAGAUCCUCGCCAAUGAACCCACCCAGGUGGUGCUGGCUGCAGAGCAGCUGUACAAGCUCAAUGCCCCUAUAUGGUACCUGGUGUCGGUGAUGGAAACAUUCCUGCUCUAUCAGCACUUCAGACCCACCCCGGAGCCCCUCGGAGGGCCCCCGCGCCGCGCCCACUUCUGGCUCCACUUCUUGCUACAGUCCUGCAAGCCGUUCAAGCCUGCUUCUCUGCAAGAGGACCAGUGCUUGGUGCUGGUCCUGGAGCUGAACAAGGUGCUGCUGCCCGCGAGGCUCGAGGUUCGGGGUACAGACCCAGUGAGCGCUGUGACUCUCAGCCUGCUGGAGUCAGAGACCCAGGACGCGCCCUCCAGCUGGACUUUCCCAGUCCCGUCGAUCUGCGGCGUCAGCACCUCCAAGCGAGACGAGCGCUGCUGCUUUCUCUACGCGCUUCCCCCGGCUCAGGACGUCCAGCUGUGCUUUCCCAGCGUAGGGCACUGCCAGUGGUUCUGCAGCCUGAUCCAGACCUCGGUGACCAAUCCGGAUUCCACGGCGCCCGCGGAAGAGGCGGAGGGCGUGGGGGAGGUGCUGGAGUUUGACUAUGAGUAUUCAGAGACUGGUGAACGGCUGGUUCUGGGCAAGGGCACGUAUGGGGUGGUGUACGCAGGCCGCGAACGACACACGAAAGUGCGCAUCGCCAUCAAGGAGAUCCCGGAGCGGGACAGCAGGUUCUCUCAGCCCCUGCAUAAAGAGAUCGCUUUGCACAAACGCCUGCGACACAAGAACAUUGUGCGCUAUCUGGGCUCAGCCAGCCAGGGCGGCUACCUCAAGAUCUUCAUGGAGGAAGUGCCUGGAGGCAGUCUCUCCUCCUUGCUGCGGUCAGUGUGGGGACCCCUGAAGGACAACGAGAGCACCAUCAGUUUCUAUACCCGCCAGAUACUGCAGGGACUCAGCUACCUGCAUGACAACCGCAUCGUGCACCGGGAUAUCAAGGGGGACAAUGUGCUGAUCAACACCUUCAGUGGGCUGCUCAAGAUUUCUGACUUUGGCACCUCCAAGAGGCUGGCAGGCAUCACACCCUGCACUGAGACCUUUACAGGAACCCUGCAGUAUAUGGCCCCAGAAAUCAUUGACCAAGGCCCACGAGGGUAUGGGAAGGCAGCCGACAUCUGGUCAUUGGGCUGCACUGUAAUUGAGAUGGCCACAGGUCGCCCACCCUUCUAUGAGCUAGGGAGCCCACAGGCUGCCAUGUUUCAGGUGGGCAUGUACAAGGUGCAUCCGCCAAUGCCCAGUUCUCUGUCGGCUGAGGCCCAAGACUUCCUCCUCCGAACUUUUGAGCCAGACCCCCUCCUCCGAGCCAGUGCCCAAGCUCUGUUGGGGGACCCUUUCCUGCAGCCUGGGAAGAAGAGCCGCAGCCCCAGCUCCCCUCGCUAUGCUCCACGGCCCUCAGAUAUCCCUUCAGCCUGCCCCACUCCCUCAGCUGACUCAACCACCCAGUCCCAGACAUUCCCGUGCCCUCAGGCACCCUCGCAGCACCUGCCCAGCCCCCCAAAGCGUUGCUUCAGUUACGGGGGCACCAGCCAGCUCCGGGUGCCCGAGGAGUCCGGAGCCGAGGAGCCCCCAUCCCCUGAGGAGAGUUCGGGGCUGAGCCUGCUUCACCAAGAGAGCAAGCGCCGGGCCAUGCUGGCCAGUGUGCUGGAGCAGGAGCUGUCUGUGCUGGCUGACAGUUUGCGCCUGGAGCAGGAACAGGGUCCUCAGCUUGGCAGGAGUCAGGUGGAACAGCUACUGCGCUGCCUCGGGGCACAUAUCCACACUCCCAACCGCCGGCAGUUGGCCCAGGACCUGCGGGCACUACAAAGGCAGCUGCGGGCCCAGGGCCUUGGGCCUGUGCUUCUUCAAGGACCACUCUUUGCCUUCUCGGAUGCGGUGAAGCAGAUCCUCCGCAGGCGCCAGAUCUGCCCACACUGGAUGUUCGUGCUGGACUCGCUGCUUAGUCGCGCUGUACGGGCAGCCUUGGCAGUGCUAGGCCCGGAGAUGGAGAAGGACGUAGUCUCCCCGCUGUCAGAGGAGCCAAGUAAAGAAAAGGGGUCCCAGACGAAGCAACAGGAGACCCCUGUUCAUUGUAACCCACUCCCGAAGGAUCCUGAGCAGGGACCCCCGCCUCUGAUGGUGCAGCUGGGCCUCUUGCGGGCAGAGACUAAUAGGCUUCGAGCUGUCCUGGCCGAGAAGGAACGAGAGUGUCAGGCCCUGAUGCAACGGGCUCUACAGCAGGUGGAUGGGGAGGCCAGGACCCGGCCCCUGGCCUCUGAGCGCCUAGCUGCUUUCCCGGCGGACCAGGGCCUGGUGCAGUGGCUGGAGGAACUGAGUGUGGAUUCUGGCACCAUCCAGACGCUGCUGAACCAUACCUUCACCCUCCGUGCCCUGCUCACCUCUGUCACUCGAGACGACCUCAUCUACACCCGCAUCAGGGGAGGGAUGGUGUGCCGCAUCUGGAGAGCCAUCUUGGAGCAGCGAGCAGGAGCUGCGCCAGGCACCCCUGGCCUCCGGGAGACUGAAUGAGGCCAUCAGAGGCGGAAGGCCAGACGCAAGGAUGGAUGAAUGCAGA